AUGGAUAGCAUGAGUGAGGCAUUUGAUCAAAUGCAAAUGGUCAAGGAUGUUCUAGCCAACAGUGAUAAAGUUUCAGAGGUCCUACAAGAGUCUACUCAUCAGUUCAACCUGCUUACUUCACCCACCUUCCUACCAAAGGUCAAGGAUCAAGGGAAAUUCACUCUCCCUUGCACACUUGGGCAUCUUGAGCUUGACAAUGCCUUAGUGGAUUCUGGAGCAAGCAUCAAUCUGAUCUCUCUCUCCAUGGCAGAGAAGCUAGGCAUUGCUGGAGCCUUGCAGCGCCCUACUACUUCAAUCAUGUUUGGAGAUGCAACUUCUAAGUCUCCUCUUGGAGUGUUCAAGAACUAUCACUUGAAAAUUGGAGAAUGCAUCAUCCAAACUGAUCUCACUGUGAUGGAAAUGGAAGAAGAGAAGGAUCUACCUCUCCUAGAGGUUCAGACUUUUGUGCCACAAUUGAGAGAGGACCAAGGUGAGAAGCCACUCUUCAGUUCUGAUAGACCACGAGCUGAUAGACUUGUUCAAGCCCCUUGUGUGCUUGAUGAAGAAAGCCUUCAAGCUUUGUUUGAUGAGCCACUAGGAAGGGCUCUAAAAGAAGGGGAGGAUGUAGCCUCUAAGGCAAGACCAGGUGAUAAAAGAAAGGAUCCACCAGCUCAGGCCCCUUCAUUCAAGCCAUCUCAGCUCACAAUGACUUUGUUCCCCACCAAGUUUGAAAAUGGGAAGAUUGAGUACAAGAUAAGGUACAAGGGGAGAUCAAGGCCAUUCUCUAGAGCCAAAGCCUUGGUGACUUCAGAACAGUCCAGGGACCCAACCAAGCUAAAGGAGCUUCUGUCUCAAGUCCUCACUAUCACCCUUGAUGGUGGGACUAGCUCAACCAAUGCCUAA